AUGACCAUCAUCAACACGUUAGCAUGGCUCUUUUAUAGCGCCAUAUUCUGGCUAUGGGAGAUCUUUGGAAGGCCUCAGGUCCUCUUCCUCAUCCUGGCUAGCUGUUACUUUGGCGUAUGGCGAGUGAUGUCGGCCCAGGCGAAUGCUAAGGAGGCUGCUAGUCGAAAGAAGGAUGAGGAACAUGCAAGGCUUCGCUUAGAGGAUGGCCGCCGGUUUAUACGCUCUACUCAGAUUCGCCUCGUCUGUGGUGGUGUGAGCCGUCCUGACCUAGCGAAGUACUGUGAGGAGUUCAAUGGUGAACUUUUCCCUCAAGUCAGCUUGAAUAACGUCUUGCAGUGUGCCAUGUCGAAAAGCUAUAUACCCAUGGGGAAAGCAUACAGUCCUUUAGAAUUUCAGCUUCAUGAAGGCCCCAAGGAGCACAGGCAGGAUCUUGUAUGGUCGACACCUGCUGUCACCAUACACCGUCACCCUCCAGCUACCAGAGACCAUCGUAACAACCGCGAACUGCUCCUCCUCUUCGAGAGUGUCUCCAAGCUGUCCGGCAUGACUGCGAUGGACGCUAUUGCUCUAACACGGCAGGGCGGCCGAUGCUGUUGUCGAGAGCUUACUGCUGGCUGGCUUACCAUCAGCCCGGACUGUGACAUGUUCCUUACCAUCGAUCUGAAUAAUGCUGAGGGGUUCUUUGCUCUCUACGAUGAUGCCAACUGUUUCAAGAGGGUUGCCACCUGGUCGCUCGAGGACAUGGCUAGGGCCAGCUUCAGGCUUGACCCUCCCACGCAGAUUGAUGUCAGUGUUGUCGCUGGCGUACGGACUAGACGAUAUCAGCUCAAGAAUAUGAGUGCUGAUCUGCCUACUGUCGGUGUCCUUGGCCGUGGCGAGGCAAUCCCUACACUCAGCUAG